GCGUGUCUUCGCUUUUGCUUUUAGUUUCGUGCCAGUCGUUGCCGUUGCGACUGGGAAGAAGAAAGAGAUUAUCGUCGAUCGCACUUUCAUUUUACGCUCAUUUAUAUAGAAAAAAAUUAUCGAAAUCAAACUUACGAAUAUCGAUUACCGCUUUCGCGAUCUGAAAUCUUUCUUCUUUGCCAAGAAGAGACGCUUCAGGAACGCUUCGAAAUUUCUGCCACGCGUUUUCUGCCAGGGCGGAAAUUCAAAAUGAUUUGUCGUCAUCCCUCGUCUUUCAAAGUUUGCCAACUUUUCCCACCGUUAGAGCAAUGACAAAACAGUCACGAUUUAUCGUGAACCCUCCAUAGGAGAUAUAAAUAAGUGACGUUUCGAUGUUUUCUCGGUAGUACGAGAGCGGUGACAAGGCAGAAGCAAUCCGUUCGUUUAACGAUCACGGAUAUUCAAGGAAAUUCUAUUGAGAGAAAUUUUCGAGAGUUCGAUGUUCGACCGAUCAAAGGAGACGACAUACGAGGAGCAGAAGUCUUGUAGAACGAUGACAAAUGUAAAUAGAAGGGUAGAAGUUGCUUGAAGAUUUAGCCACCUGAUCGUGGAUCUAAAUUGAACGAUCUGCUGUACGAAAAAAGGAAAACUAUCGCUAAGAAUAACGCGUAAAGACGUGAAAGAGAAACAAAUAAGAAUAGAAGGUUUAUCCGUCUUGAAGAUACGGGAUCAAAGUUGAGAUUCUUGUAAGAGAGGGUGGACACGAAAGAAGAAGAAGAAAAGGACGGGAAAGAAGAGGAGUAAAAAAGGAGGAAGACACGGAGGAAGACGGAUAAAAAGAAAAGAGUAAACUCUCGAGAGAAGAAAGGGAGAAAGAAAGGGACAGUCGGCGUCUCGACGUCUCCGACGACGGGACAAGUAUUGACCGAGUCAAAGGAAAUAUCGGCGUGUUGUGAGGGAGAAGCGAAAGGGUUGCCGAGCGAGAGUUGGUGCGAGAGAGGAAACAGGAAGGGGACAAAGAGAGGUCCGUUGCUCCGACAAAAAGUGCGACGGCUCGUUUUGUUAAUCAAAAAGAUUCCACGGGCCGGCCGCGACGUGUCCGGCGUAAUAACGAGCACGUGUGAGCGAACGAGCCAGUGUCUAGCCUUCUCGCGAGAUAAGGCUCGUGAGGAUUGUAAAAAAGAGAAAGCAGAGUGAACGUCCAUUGGGAAUGUCUUAAUUUCUACGAUCCCCUUGCUUUUUUCCAUCGAAAUACUACGGAACUGCUUUCGAUUAGUCAGACGAACGAAUAUCGACAUUUUUCGUUUCUUAAAUCGGUCUCGCAAUUUUGAGAACGUUUUAACGGAAUGAUUCGAAAAAACGCGAUUUCUCGCGUUAAAAAAGAGAAAGAAUAAAAAAUACGACGACGACACGACACGAUCGAGAAUGAGAAGAAAAUCUUACGAAAAGAGCGAGAGCUCGCGAUCGAUCCUAUCGACCGCGGUGCAUCCGUUCGAAGAUCGAGCACGUCCGGAGUUUUUCAAGGAGAAAGCUUCCCGUUGAUUCGUUCGAGCUUGCAACUCGAACGUUCAUCGAUCGAAUGAGGAGAAACGGUUGUGGGGGCGGUGUUUCGCACGUCGGCAAGAACACCUGAGCUCGAUUCGAGAUGCGCUCCGCGAUCGGAUGUAGUAUCUUUCAGACGAGUUUACUGAUGUUGCUGACAUUGCUGAAAACACGAACGGGCGAAGCGACUCCUAUGCCAGAGGAAAACCCCUUUCAAAACAAAGUACCUGUCAGAUUGAUAUGGGCCAACGAGGGAGAUGACGUGGAAUUACCAUGUGACAUAACACCACCGACUCCUACCGAUUCCGUUAAUAUGGUACUCUGGUUUAGGGAUAGUGCCGGCAUACCUCUUUACAGCCUAGACGCAAGAAGCGGUAACUUAAGCGCGGCAAUUCAUUGGGCCGACGGAGAUGACCUUGGAAGGCGCACUUACUUUCAAGUGGGCGACGGUCAACGAUCAAAAUUGAAGAUCACCAAAGUCAAAUAUAAGGAUCAGGGUUUAUUCAGAUGUAGAGUCGACUUUGUCGAUUCCCCAACAAGGAAUUUCAGAGCAAACCUCAUCCUCGUCGAGAAACCGACGAAACCAGUGAUAUAUGAUGCCCAGGGACGCGAGGUAACAGGCAUUGGCGGCCCUUUUCUCGAGGGUUAUGGUCUUCUUUUGACCUGCCAAGUGUCAGGAGGAAGACCAAAACCAUCAGUAACGUGGUGGAAGGACGGUGAGCUACUCGAUGCUGUAGAUGACACUCCUACAAUCGGUUCGUUGAGCAAGUUCACGAUAAAUCAUCUCUUCAUUGGCAAAGUUACGCGAGCAUUAUGGGGUACAAAACUUGAAUGCAGAGCUCAGUCUGCACCAAUGGCGAAACCUAUUAUUCGAGAAGUACCUCUUGAUAUUUAUCUCAAACCGGCCGUGGUAAAAAUCAGCUUGAGCGACGAAGAGAUGUACGCCGGUCGUCCGAUCGCUGCGAAAUGCGAAACUUGGGGUAGUUCUCCAGCUGCCAGAAUCAUUUGGAGAUUAGGCGAUGAAGUGAUCGGUGAUCCUAUCGUUUCUAUUACGCAGAGAAGUAAUUCCACGGUCAGUAAGAUCGUUCUUGCUCUCGGAAAAAAUGACGAUGGCAAGGAACUUGCUUGCAAAGCCGAAAAUCCCAGAUUUCCUGGUGGAGUGCUCGAAGAAACAAAAUCUCUUCGCGUUCUUUACGCACCGGUCCUCACGGCUCAUCUAGCAACAGGAUAUAUUCUAAAUACAUUGAGAGAAGGAGAUGAUCUGAAAUUGGUCUGCGACGUUCAGAGCAAUCCUCCACCGACGAAGGUCAUUUGGUAUCACGACGAUAUACGAUUAGAGCACGAUGUGAGCGCCGGUAUUUUGGUAUCCUCCAAUACGCUCACUCUUCGUGUUCUCACUCUCGACCACUCUGGUGAAUACUCUUGCGAAGCUACAAACUUUGUUGGACAAGGGCGUAGUUCGCCUCUUCUUAUUCACAUGAAGUAUGCUCCAAGAUGUAGAGAGGGUUAUGAGAGGCGAGAAAUAGCGGCUGUUCGACACGAAACGGUGACCCUGAGAUGCGAAAUCGAGGCAGUUCCAGACGAGUUGAUUCGAUUUUCUUGGAGCUUCAACGGAACGCGAGGCGACGUCCUACCGCUCCCAAAUUCAAGAGUUCGGGAUAAUGGCCUCGUUAGUUUACUGGAUUAUACUCCCAGUGCGGAUACUGAUUACGGUACUCUCGCUUGUUGGGCUAGUAACAGUAUAGGAAGGCAAAGGUUACCAUGUUUGUUCAACGUAGUACCGGCAAAAACACCACAAGCACCGAUAGAUUGUUCGUUACGCAACGAAAGUACUUCCUUAGAAGUGAAUUGUAUUCCUGGUUCGGAUGGUGGUUCACCGCAGCACUUCCUGCUGGAAGUUCGCGGUCCCUUUGGUAGUUCUGGUAUCGUACAGGUCAUCCCACAAACCCUUCAAACGCCCCAGAGCGAUCAAGGUGCAGUGAGCGAAGUACCGCCUAUAUAUCAAGAAAGAAAUCCAACUCCUACUUUUCGACUUCACGAUCUUAAGCCAGGCUAUGAUUAUACUCUCUAUGUAUAUGCCGUCAACGGACGUGGAAGAAGCGAGCCCACUCUUCUUAAGCACGUACAAGUUGCCGAACCAAUUGGUGGAAAGCUCGAAAGUACUGGGAUUUUUCUCGAGGAUUUGAAGAAAGCCAUUCCUCAAGUCGAUUCCCAAAGCAUGAUUAUCGUGAUGGCUUUGAUAGGUGCAGCGGCAUUGAUUUUAGUAGGCAUCGGCGUAGUGAUCGGCUUGGCAAUUUGCAAAAGGAGAUCCAACAGGCCCGUUGUUUCGGGCCCUGAUGAUUUUACUACACCAACAUAUAUACCCGCACAAAGAAUCGAACCUAGAAUUAGGUAUACGGCCGAAGGUAGACACUCGCAAAGAAGAAGCUUGUACGUAGAAGAAAAUCGAAAUGAUCCUGAUAUUUUGCAACAAGUGGAAGUCGACUUACAAGUCUAACGGCGAAAAUUUGAAACGAGCGACGUGACUCGCUUACGGAAGCAUAAUCGUACGACCAGUAUUUUAAUUAAGAAAAUGAGAUCUAUAAUUGUAACUUUCACAAUUUUCCCGAUUAACUCGCAAAGUGUAAACAUUAGCAUAGAUAGUAUUAUUCUCUGAAAAAAUGGUGUACAGUAUCUCUUGACGAACGAGUAAAGCUUAUUAAUAAACGUUGUCGAUAUGUUAAAUAUUUUACUUCUUAUUGUAUAUUAGAUUUUAGUAUAAAGCGCGAUAAUUAAGAUAAUAAAAUUAAUAAUAAGUAGAUAAAGAAAAGUAUAAAUCGCUUAGCCAAAGAUGUAUGUACAUUUAUUUUUCCAUGGCUUGCGUAGUACAUGCGUAUUGUAAUUCCAAUAGUAAUAUCUAUUUUUGUCGUAAUUCUACUCUUGAUAUAAGUAACUUAUAAAACAUUAUACCUCAUUCGAGUAAAGCAAGCGGGCGCCAACUUAAGAAGCGCAUAAUAUAUUUUAAGCUCAUCUUUAAGAAAAUGCCAUUAGCGUAACAACAAGCGUAGCCGAUAAAGUUUAUCUUGCUUUUGUAUGUAAUCAUGUAAAUAUUUUUGAAAAAUAAUGUGCGUAUCGAAGAAAAUUAAAGUGAAAAAAAUAUAUUGUAAAUUAUAAUAAUCUUAGAAACAAUGUUCCUUGUAAAAGUUAAAUCCUCAUGUCCUGUAAUAUUUUAAAAAAAGAUUCGGAACAAACCGAGGACUGAUUUGAAGAUUUCUUCAUCGAUCUUAAUGAGUGUUACACUAUUCCAGGAAAAUAAAUAAACUGAAUCACUAUA